AUGCGAAGGGGCCGGGUCCUUGCCCGCGCUCCCGCCCCUGCUGCGCCCCGCGCUGGCCCUGGAAGGUCAGGCGCAGAGCCAGACAGCGCGUCUGACCCGACGCCCGGCCUCCUGCUGCCCGCACUGCUCCCGCCUCCCCUCACCCCCCACCGAGGAACUCCCCCCCUCUGUCCUCUGGGUGAUCCGCAGGCGACACCCCUUCCGCGCUCGGCCGCACUGUGGCUCGGGCGCAAUGCUCCCGUUCGCUUCCCCGGGCCGGCGGCCAGCUUGGUGAGGGCUCGGCCUGGCUGGUCCGCCCCAGGACCCCAGGGAGAGAGGCGGGCCGCUGCCGCUGGAAAGGACGUUGCUGACGACGCCCGGUCGCUCCCGAGGACCCCUCCCGGGAGCUGCAGGAGCGCCGCGCUGUUCCUCAGGGGUGCAGGGGCCCAGGCUAGGCCGCUGUCUGCAGCCGGGCUUGGGCGGGGACACAAGUGGGACCGCACGGCCCCAAUUCCUCGACGGCCAAUUGGGGGCGCCAGAGAGCAGAAGACUCGUGCCGGGGCGAGGGCAGAAGUAGGCAGGAAGCAAACAGAAGAUGUCUCUUCAUCCUCUCCAGCCCUGCAGUCUUCCCUCCUAAGCCAGAUGGGGCUUCUGCUGAUCCGCAAGUGAUUCCUGCGUGCGUAUCACUUUGAGAAGCGCUGGCAGGGGAAUUUUUGCAACUGGGAGACUAGAAGACGUGAGCUGGAAAGCUAGGAGGUGGUGAUCGCGGAGGGUGGGUGGCUUGCAUUUCCAACUGUGGAGAGGCCAAACCGGAGCGUGUGCCUGACUGCGGCCGGGAGGCCUGGCGCGGGGACAGCCCAGCGCACCAGCUUCAGGCUGGGCACGGUAAGAAGGAAGUCGUCAAACGGGCACUGGGACCCCAGGGCCAGAGCCUCACCUCCCCAAGCUAGUGGGUUCGACUCCCAUCCCACCAGCUGGUAACUUAAGGUUUAGUGGAUUUCCUUAUUUCUUUCCAGGACUUUCAAAUGUAGAGCGAUCCCCGUCAUUUCUCUUUGGGCUCGUCCAGUCGGCCCCCAUCUCUCGCAGUGGGACAUGCCGCCCGGCCC